GCGCGCAGAGUUCAGCACAGCGACUGUACAGAUGCUGAUAAACAGCGGACACCCGCGGAGAGAUUAAUCAGACGGAGGAAAAGCCCGUAAAGCGCGGACGGGAGUGAGUGAGUGAGUGUGUGUGUUAGAGAGAGAGAGAGCUGUGCUGUUCAGUGUGUGUGUAUGAGUUCGGUGUGGAGCAGCGAUGGAGCACGGAGUGGAUCUGCUGGCCAGAAUCUGCAGCGCCUCCGUGGAGAACAAAGCGCUGAGUAUGGAUGCGUCUAGAGAAGGAGGAUCAUACACUCCGAGUGUUAAUGAAGAACACAAACACACACACCUCAGGAGGAAGAAAACUGAUAUGGAUGGAGCGUCUGCGCAGAACAGUUCUUCCCAAAAGGUGAAAGACGCAGAUCUUCAGAAAUAUUCAGGCGAGCUCUUCGAUUCAGCGGCAGCGUUUUCUGACGAUUAUUUCUCGGACAGCACUUCAGACAGCGAGAGCGACGCCAGCCUGACGCCCAACCAGACCAUCCUUCAGCUGCUGGACGAGGAGCUGGACGAGGACGAGUCUGGAUCGGUCAGUUCUCUGGAGCUGGAGGGCGCAGCGGUGGAGGCGGAGGCCAAACCCGAACCGCAGAGCGCCGCAUCUGAGACAGAGGAGUGCAGUGUGCCCUCGCCCGGCGGCAUCAUUGUCAGCGCGUGUCAGAAGCGAGAUGGCGGCCGAGUCUACAACAAGAGGCACUACUGCCUAUUCUGCUCCAAACCCUACGCCAAGAUGGCGCGGCACCUGGAGAGCUCGCACGCCAACAAACCCGAGGUGGAGACGGCGCUCAGCUUUCCUAAGGGCUCCAAAGAGCGCAAGAAGCAGCUAGACUACAUACGCAAUCGCGGGAACUACGCCCACAACGCUGUGGUGAUGCAGUGCGGCAGGGGAGAGCUGGUGCCGUCAAAGCGGCCGCCCAGAGACGCGCAGGGAGAGGACUUCAUGCACUGCGCCUACUGCCAAGGGCUCUACACUAGGAAGGUGCUGUGGAGGCACAUGCGCACCUGCGGACUCAAGCCGCAGUCCAGCGCCAGCAGGCCAGGCAAGAACCGCGUGCAGUCCAUGUGCACUUACACAGGGCCGGUGCCUGCCAACAUGAGCCAGCAGCUGUGGGCCGUGAUCAGCGCCAUGAACCCCGGCCCCGUCACUGAGAUCAUCCGCAAGGACCGCGUGAUCGUCAAGAUCGGACAGCACCUGCUCAACAAAGGAGGAGUAUCGGCGCAGAACAAGCAGUACGUGCGGGAUAAGAUGCGGGAGCUGGGAAGGCUAGUUCACAACGCUCGGAAGACCACCUCCAUCAAAACGCUGCAGGACUGCGUGAAUCCUCAGAAGUUCACAGAAACCAUUGAAGCGGUGAAGAGCACCUGCGGAUUCGAGAGUGAGAGUGGGAGUUUCCGGCUGCCGUCCCUAGCUAGAAAGCUGGGCAUCUCCCUGCUAAAGGUGAGCAAGCUGCUGAAGGCGCAGGGCCUGAUCUCCAACCGCCGGCAGCAGGUGCGCUCUGCCUCCGAGUUCCAGGAGCUGCACCGGGCGCAGUGGGGGCAGCUGAUCUCCAGGGCGGCGCUGCGGAGCUCUAGAUCGCAGGACCGCAGCCCACCGCUGCUAAUGGCCUUCGUGGAGGAUGUGCAGAAGAUGCACACACACCUGCGGGGAGCAGCGGAGCGCUGGAGAGCGGAUCUGGCGCAGAGGGCCUCUGGGAAGGCCUGGACGGAGCUGGCGAAGGCGUGUCUGGCGCAGAUGAUCCUGCUGAACCGCCGGCGCGAGGGAGCCGUGUCCAGCAUGCCUGUCUCUGCCUAUCUGUCCAGAGACUCCGACCCGAUGCUGUGUGUAAACUGGACACACUCCGAGGUGGAGAACAGGCUCUGGAGCAGCCUUGGGAGCUUCACCAGGAUUAUCACCAGGGGGCGCUGUGGUCGUCCGGUUCCGGUCCUCCUUAAUCCCAGCAUGCAGUUCGCCCUGGAUCUUCUGGUGCACCACAGAGAGGAAUGCGGCGUUCCCAAAGACAACGGCUACAUGUUCGCCAGACCCGCCGCCAUGACGCACUUCCGCGGCUCAGACUGUCUGCGAGGCUUUGCUAGGAGCUGUGGCGCAGCGAGCCCGGAGAGCCUGACGUCUGGAGGCCUGAGGAUCCACAUGGGGGCGCUGCUGAGCGUCAUGGACCUGACCGACAGACAGAUGCAGGAGCUGCAGAAUGCACUCGGCCUGCAGAACACACUGCAGCCGCCCGCUAACAGAACGCUGCAGCUCGCCCGCAUCAGCAAACUCCUGCUAGCGCUGCAACAGGGGCGACUAGCAGAGUACUACGGCAGGAGCCUGGAGGAGAUCCGGGUUGAGCCGGACGAAAAGGUUGUGGUGUGGGACGAGGAGCGCAGGAGCACACAGGAGGACCUCCGCUCUCCCACCGUCAUUGGUAAGCGUGUGCAGAAGAAGCAGCCUUGGCAGCAGACGGAGGUGCAGGCUGUGGAACGCCACAUGAUGAACUUCAUCACAUCCUGUACGGUUCCCGCUAAGAGCCACUGCGAGAGCUGCUUACAGGCCGAGCCCGAGGCGCUGCGGAACCGGGACUGGAAGAGUCUGAAGUUCUUCAUCUAUAACCGCAUCACGGCCUAUAAGAGGAAUCUGCAGAGCGCCGGCAGCCUCCAGUCCCUCUGCACCGCUGUCUCUCUACAGGAGCCCUUCCUCAACUCCAGCCUUUACUCUCUGCCAGAAAUCCCCACACUGCUGCCCGAGCACUCAGAGCUCAAGACCGUUAAACCCAUAUAGAGUCAGAGCUGAAGAUCAUCAAACCCAUAUAGAGUCAUGGAUGAAGACUGUCAAACUGUUGUAGAGUUACGUCUGAAGAUCAUCAAAUCGAUAUAGUCACGUCUGAAGAUCGUCAAACCGCUAUAGUCACAUCUAAAGGUCGUCAAACUGAUAUAGUCAGGCCUGAAGAUCAUCAAACUGAGAGUCACGCCAGAAGAUCAUCAAACCGAUAUAGUCACAUCUGAAGAUCGUCAAACUGAUAUAGUCACGCCAGAAGAUCGUCAAACUGAUAUAGUCACAUCUAAAGAUCGUUAAACUGAUAUAGUCACACCAGAAGAUCGUCAAACCGCUAUAGUCACGCCAGAAGAUCGUCAAACCAUUUAUAGUCAUGUCUGAAGAUCGUCAAACUGAUAAAGUCACGUCUGAAGAUCGUCAAACUGAUAUAGUCACGUCUGAAGAUCGUCAAACCGAUAUAGUCACGUCUGAAGAUCGUCAAACCGAUAUAGUCACGUCUGAAGAUCGUCAAACUGAUAUAGUCACGUCUGAAGAUCGUCAAACUGAUAUAGUCACGUCUGAAGAUCGUCAAACUGAUAUAGUCACGUCUGAAGAUCGUCAAACCGAUAUAGUCACGUCUGAAGAUCGUCAAACUGAUAUAGUCACGUCUGAAGAUCGUCAAACCGAUAUAGUCACGUCUGAAGAUCGUCAAACCGAUAUAGUCACGUCUGAAGAUCGUCAAACUGAUAUAGUCACGUCUGAAGAUCGUCAAACCGAUAUAGUCACGUCUGAAGAUCGUCAAACCGAUAUAGUCACGUCUGAAGAUCGUCAAACUGAUAUAGUCACGUCUGAAGAUCG